AUGGAUUCAGAGUGGAAAUGGCUCGAAGACUUUUCCCCGGAGCUGCAGACUAAUUUGCUUGAUGCAUCUGUCACCACUCCCGAUUUGGAAUCUGCCCCAGAGCAGACCACCUCGGCCAGCAAUGCAGAUCUCUCAUCUCUUGCUGCCGGGCUCUACGAAGACACAGAAUCAAUUGGAUUAAAUGAAGGGCCAGUGUUUCACCCAAAGCUUGGGGUCUUUGAUAGUCCACUCGACUCUGGUGGUUUUUGGCCCAUGGCGGAAACCUUGGAUCAUCAGAACCCUGUGUCCAACAAAAGCAGAUCUGAGUUUUCCAGCACCGGAACGCAGCAUUCCUGGAAUAGAUCUCGGACAGAGAUCAGGAAUGAUGUCCCAGGCUUGCCUCGACGCCGAAGCCGCUACUCAACUCGGCGGCUGGGACAAUCUACCCCUCCAGUGCUCAUUUCGCCAAGGCCCCGGGCCCACGACACGCCGGAUCCAAUGCAGCGAUGGCAAGACUCUCCACCGGAGGACGAGCCAGCGUCUAUUUCAGCUAUCAUUGAUGCUAUCGAGUCGAGUGAAGGGCAAAGCCGUACAGACUACAAUGGAGCCGGCAACGAUGAGAGUGAAGCCCCGGGGCAUCCAGCAGACGCAUUUCAAGGAUAUCGAAACGCGCCUUCCUCAACCAGUGGUGAGAGCGGCGCUAGCAAAUCUUCCCGGAACUCCAUACAGUCAGAAAACUCUGGCUCUGGGUCAUCUAAAAAUUCGACUUCAUUGCGUCCACGGAGAUCUCGAACACGAGUUACGAAGCCGCGACAAAAUAAGGCUGGAAAGGAAGAGCGUCGGAUUUUCUGCUGCACAUUCUGCUGUGAUCGCUUCAAGAGCAAGUAUGACUGGGCGCGACACGAAAAGUCGUUGCAUUUGAACCUAGAGGCAUGGAUUUGCGCACCCUUUGGAGGAGCUGUCUUUUCCAUGACCACUCAACGCUCCCACUGUGCAUAUUGUCAUGCUUUGGAGCCCAAUGCGGAGCAUCUUGAAUCGCACAAUCAUAAGAGCUGUCAUGGGGACUCUACAGAGCCUCGUGUCUUCCGUCGGAAAGACCACCUGGUACAACAUCUACGACUGGUGCAUGAACUCCAAAUCAUGCCUCUCAUCGAUGACUGGAAAGUUGAAACGCCAGCAUUUACAUCGCGUUGUGGGUUUUGCGACCAAACAAUGAACAGCUGGGAAGAGAGAACCGACCACAUUGCCGCCCAUUACAAGCAAGGAUUGACCAUGCGCGAUUGGUAUGGCGAGCAUGACUUCCCGCCUUCUAUCGCUGCACAAGUGACGCACGCACUAUCGCCAUAUCUCAUCGGAGUCGAAUCCACUAGCAUGGUACCAUUCUCCGCGACCGACUCACGCACUCGAGAUCACUUCUUCCAAAUCUCUUCGAAUGCCGGAAUGGGACACGAACCAGCAGAGCCACAACAACCCCUCCAGUCACUUCCAGAGAGCUUCACAUCACAGUCCGAGAUAAGCUCGUUUGCGCAAAUUUUGACAAUGCAUUUAAGUCGCUACGCCCAAGAUCAGAUGAAACAAGGUAUUGUCCCUACAGAUGAUAUGUUCCAGCGGGUGGCAAGAAGACUACUUUAUGACUGCGAAGACAACUGGAACCAGACAGUCGCAGACAAUGGACAAUGGCUUUCGGCAUUCCGGCAACUGCACUGCCUGCCCGAGCCAAGCGAUCAACCGGCACAGAGUUUGUGA